GUUGCAUCCUCAAAAGACAAACGGGAGCCAGUACAAUGCAUACACUGCCAACUUUGGGGACAUAUCGCACGAGACUGCCAAGCCCCACACAACGUCUGUGGCACAUGCGGGAAAAGUCACCACACAAAUGACUGCAAUGCAUAUCGCACCUUCUACUGUGUAAGCUGUGACUCUCAAGAGCAUGCCAGUUGGGACAGGAAAUGCCCCGAAUUUGAAUCUAAAUGCGUGGGCAUAGACUCUAAGCACCCUGAAAACUCU